AUGCGAGCGACGGACGAUUUUGGUCAAGUCUUGGUCAUUAGCGGUGGAAGUGGAUACAAUGACUUGAUCAAUGCAACAGACUCUGCGAUUUUUGUUCUCCCAGGUGGACCUUCACUAGGUGAUAUUCGAGCACGGUUGGUACGCCUCGCCCGCUUGGCGGCUACGCGUGAGAAAUCAUCCCGCAACUUGGAACAGCCUGGCUCCCGAGAGGCUCUGUACACGCUGUUAUCAUAUCGUCUGCCUGUAUCUGGACCUAUGCGAGAAAUCAAGCAGGAAUGGAUGGACAUUAUCGAAGGCAAGCAUCGACUAUGGCGUGGCAUCGAUGCCGAGAAACGAGACGAGAUCCUGCAUCGCGCGCAUAGAAACUUCAACUUCCGCGGUGGAAGCAUAGGCAAUUUUUUCCUCGCUGCCAUGCAACGCUUUUUCCGCUCGAUCCAAAGUGCCAUUUUCUUCUUCUCUGCGCUGACAGAUAUCCAGUCUGCUAUCAAAAAUUGCGACGUGUUACCUGCCAUCAAUACCAACAAGACCACCACCAUUGCUGCCAGACUUGCCGAUGGGACACAGCUUGUGGGCCAAUGUGAGAUUUCACAUCCUUCCAUUGAUUUGACCCUCAAGAAACGCGAUUGUAUCAACUCUGUUGCACCGACGCGCCGUCCCUCGUUUGAGCUGCAAGAUUCCGUGUUUGAGUUUGGCACACACAACGGAUAUGCUUCUCGACAUGCUGCUGACGUGUCUGCCCCCCCGCCCGCUAGCGCACGAACGGAGUCCAGUGCCCACAGCAUGAACGAUUCUGACUUUAGUGACGAUGUGGAAGAUAUGGAAGAGGGUAUCCCUAUGAGUCUGAACGACGUGGGCGAAUCCCUUGGCAAUAUCCUGUAUGGAUCAAAGGAAGACUCUGUGCCACUAUCGGCCCCGAUUGAUCGCUUGUUCUACGUGAAUUCCUACCGCAAUGAAGUAUUCCCUGCUCCAAACCCCUCCUACCUCACGGGAUUGCGUCGUAGCAAUCUGCUGAUAUACUCCUGUGGGUCUCUCUGGACAAGUAUUAUUCCUUGCCUUAUUCUUCGUGGCGUUCCCAACGCCAUUGCACGCUCACCAUCGCUUAAGUACAAAGUGCUCCUUCUCAACUCGGAGCACGACAGAGAAACCUACGGUCUCCAUGCUUUAGACUUUGUCAAUAUCAUUCACCGAUCCCUCACGCAACUUCAUACCAUGGACUUCCCCAAUGAGAAGUUCCUCUUUACGCCGUCUGACUUUGUGACGCACGUUAUCUACGUACGUGGCAGUGCUGUCCAGCCCAGUGUGUCCGAGCUGAAACAGCUCGGGAUCCAAUGCAUCGGCGUCGAGUCAUGUUGUGAUGCCCGCAUUCGUCUAGGUGAAACACAAUUACGCAACGCAUUGUAUCAAAUUGUACACCAGAAAGGUACUUCGUGA